UCAUACAGCUGCAAUUUUUAUUACGUCAAAACUUUAAAAUUCAAAACAAUGAUGUAAAAUCGGAAUCAAUAUUGUUCGUGUUUAAAUAAUGAAUCAGCAUUUUAAUUAUUGUUAGUCGAAAUAGUUAAAAUGGAUAGCGUUACGAAUUUUUCUGUAUCGCUCAUAAAGGGGUUUAUAGAUAGUCUACGUGGCGUAACUGUGCUUCUAUAUUUAGAUAAAGAAAUUAACGAACGCGCUCUUAGCCGUUCACCGCAAUUAGAGUUCGAAAAACAUAAACAGAAGCCAACUAAAGUAAAACAAGAAUCUAAAGUACUUACAAGAGUAUUGCAGUCAUGCAUACUCAAUGGAUUUAUAUUUUUACUCAGCAUACUUGUGUUUGAGUAUGCGCUUCUUCCGUCGGUGAAGUACUUAGUGAUAGUAGUGUUUGGCCAUGAUCCUGGUGUGGCCCACAAUGUCUGGGGAUGGAUACAGCCUUUCCUCUCCAUGACAUUCCGUAUGAUAUGGGUGUUACCCCUCUUUCUGCUCAGCAAGCUAGUUAAUAGUUUAUGGUUCCAAGAUAUAGCCGACUCAGCAUACAGACAUAGACGUGGACGUCCACAGUUCAUGUCAAGUGUCAGCAAAAUAAUAGCUGACUCACUGUUCAGCUUACUGGUGCAAGCCUUAUUUUUAGUACAGAGUAUGCUAGUCAGUAUGUUGCCAAUAACGUACAUAGGAGAGAUACUAUGUUUGGUACAUAUGUGUCUCCUUUACUCGCUGUACUCAUUUGAGUACAAGUGGUUCAACAUGGGCUGGGAGCUCCACAAGAGGCUGACCUUUAUUGAGACCAACUGGCCCUACUUCUUGGGAUUCGGUCUUCCACUAGCGGUACUGACUCAGAUACCUCAGUCUUACAUCAUAAGUGGUUGUGUGUUCUCGAUAUUCUUUCCCGUGUUUAUAUUGAGUGGGAACGAAGCGACACCUGUUACUGGCGGCGAGUACCCGCUACGCCUGUUCUCGCCUGUGGUCGCGAUAUCUAACGGCAUGUUCCGUUUUGUGAAGAACACCGCCAGUGACGACCGCACCAGGUGAUAGGAGCUGCUCAAACCACUAAACUUAUGACGAGCGAGUGAGAGUUUUAUUAUUUUUAUCAAACCGUACCUUAGGGAAGACGAAUAGAAGUUCUAAACAUUUUCAAAAUUAUUUGUGCCUUUGUCUUAUCGAAGGUACGAAAUAUAAUUAUUAUACUAAG